AUGCUUCUGCAAACACUAUGCACAAUGGUCUUAGCAGCCCUGCCAUUCGCUCAAGCCCAAACGGGAAGUUCCCCGAACAACACCACCCCGAUGAACGAAACAGCCAUUGAAGCGACUCUUACCGGCAUAGCCGACUCCUACAGACACUGGGUUGAGGCACCGCUCUUCCACUGGCCCGAAGAAGUCGGCCUCGAGUACGAAAAUGUCACUUUCCCCUCAGAAGACGGCGUGCCACUUGAAGCCUGGUUCUUCCCUUGCAAGGGCUCCAGCAAAGUGCUAAUUGCAAAUCACCCAAGACUCUUCAACCGAGCAGGCCUUCCCUCGCACAUGGAGCCUCUUGCCUCCAUGCUCCACUCAGUAGGCAACGACCUCGACGUCAACUUCGUCCCGGACUACAAAAUCCUUCACGAUGCCGGGUACAACGUCUUGGCCUAUGAUUUCCGCAACUAUGGCCAGAGCGGCCGCGCAAACGGCAUCAUCUACACAGCCGGUCGUUUCGAGUCCCGAGACGUCAUCGGCUCCCUUCAGUACAUCCGCAGCCGCCCGGACACACGCAAUAUGACCCUCGGUCUCUUCCCACGCUGCAUGGGCGCCAACGCCGCCUUCUUCGCCAUCUCGCGUGCGCCCAAGCUGUUCGAAGACGUCCGCGUGAUCAUGGCGCCGCAGCCUAUUUCGGAGAGCAUGCCAAACCGAGUGCAACUCGCGGCCUUCGGGCUGACAGACCCGCAAUACUACGACCGCUUGAACGACAUGAUCUUUUGGCGCACAAAUCACCGUAUGGAGCAGCUCACGCCGAUUCCGUGGGUCAGGAGUGUCCAGAUCCCCACGCUGAUUUACCAGGUUCGCAACGACAUCACUACGAGGCCUGAGGAUGUGCAGGCGAUUUUUGAUUCGUUGGCGGCUCCGGACAAGCAGUUGAUUUGGAUUGAAAACUCGACCAGGCGUUGGGAUGGGUACCUUGAGUUCCAGCGCAGGCCCCAGGUGUACUUGGAUUGGCUCAACACUUAUAUGAACUAG